AUGCAGUCCUUCACCAGAGCCACUCGCGCCUCGGCGCUGCAAAAUGUUGGCCGCCGAGCCUAUUCUUCGUCGCAGUAUGCCCAGACCAUCAACAACCUGCGCAUCAACGCCGACACCAAGGUCAUCUACCAGGGCUUCACCGGAAAGCAGGGAACUUUCCACGCUCAACAAGCUAUCGAAUACGGCACAAAGGUCGUCGGUGGAACAAACCCCAAGAAGGCUGGCCAGACUCACCUCGGCCUCCCUGUCUUCAAGAACGUUGGUGAAGCCGUCAAGGAGACUGGUGCCACUGCUACUGGUCUCUUCGUCCCUUUUCUCAGUCCUCCUCUGGCCGCCGCCGGUAUCGAGGAGGCCCUCGAGGCCGAGAUCCCCCUCGUUGUCUGCAUCACUGAGGGUAUCCCCCAGCACGACAUGGUUCGCAUCACCGACAUGCUCAAGACCCAAAGCAAGACUCGUCUCGUCGGACCCAACUGCCCCGGUAUCAUUGCUCCCGAACAGUGCAAGAUCGGUAUCAUGCCUGGCUUCAUCCACAAGCGCGGCCGCAUCGGUAUCGUCUCUCGUUCCGGUACCCUCACCUACGAGGCCGUCAACCAGACCACCCAGGCCGGUCUUGGUCAGUCUCUCGUUGUCGGAAUUGGCGGUGACCCCUUCUCCGGUACCAACUUCAUCGACUGCCUCAAGGUCUUCACUGAGGACCCCGACACCGACGGUAUCAUCAUGAUUGGUGAGAUUGGUGGUUCCGCCGAGGAGGAUGCUGCCGAGUUCCUCAAGCAGGCCAACACUGUCAACGGCGGUAAGCCCGUUGUCAGCUUCAUCGCUGGUAUCUCUGCUCCUCCUGGUCGACGAAUGGGUCACGCCGGUGCUAUCGUUUCUGGUGGUAAGGGUGGUGCCGACACCAAGAUCAAGGCUCUUGAGGACGCUGGUGUCAUUGUCGAGCGCUCUCCCGCUGGUCUGGGCAAGGCUCUCUACAACGAGUUCGUCCGCCGCGAUCUGCUAUAA